AGAUGCUGCGAUCUGAACUAGAGAGUGAGAAAGAGACGCUGCGAUCUGAACUAGAGAGUGAGAAAGAGACGCUGCAAUCUGCACUGGAAAGUGAGCAAGUGGACGUGACUCUGGAUCCAGACAUGGCAAAUCCCCACCUCAUCCUGUCUGAGGAUCAAAAACAUGUGAGAUACGGAGACACAUGCCAGGAUCUGCCUGACAACCCUGAGAGAUUUGAUACGUGUCCCAUUGUCCUGGGUGCUGAGGGGUUUGCGGGCGGGCGGCGUUACUGGGAGGUGGAGGUGGGAGACAAGACGAGAUGGGCUCUGGGGGUUUGUAGGGAAUACGUGAGCAGGAAGGGGCUGGUCACAGCAUCACCUGGGAAUGGAUACUGGGUCGUGUGGCUGAGGGAUGGAGGGUACAAGACCUGUACCUCCUCCAUGAUCCCCCUCCCCGUGAGCGUCAGGCCCAGGCGGGUGGGGAUUUUCCUGGACUAUGAGGCAGGCGAGGUCUCAUUUUACAAUGUGACUGACAGGUCCCUUCUCUUCACUUUCACCGACACCUUCUCCGGGACGCUCCGCCCUUGUUUCUGUCCUGGUCUCAAUGCUGAGGGUACAAACGCAGCUCCCCUGAUAAUCUGCCCGGUCUCAGCUCAGGCCAGAGGGAAUUAGGGUGGCCAGGUGUCCAGUUUGGAACCAUACACCUGGUUGUAAAGAGAUCCUCCCCAACCCAGUGAAAAUG